CCUUGGCCGCCCACCCUGAGCGGAGCGGUGGAGUUGGCGAUAAACAGGCUGCGGCUGGGGAGCAGGGGGAGGGGGCACGGGCUUUCGGAGGACUCCUGCCGCCUGCUUUUUCCUUUAGGGGCGUUUGAGCGGGGCCGCGGGGCCGCGGGCAGCCGGCUUGGGUGCCGCUGCCUUGUGAGAGAAGGUAGCUUUCGCGGGGAGCAGUUAGGUUGCUAGGAGGGUGAGCGACGGCGGCUCUCCCCCAUGCCGGGCGAGUGGUGCGGCCCUGAGCGGGUCCUGGAGCCUGGACGACGCCUGUGAGAAGCCCGCAGAACGCGGGUUCUGUGAAGAGACGUGGGGAAGAUUCGAUUCCGAGAAAAGGAAGAGCCGACUUGAAAGGGAGCGAGGCCGCUGACGGGGAGGGGGCGGCCAAGAUGGCGUCCGCCUCCUCUGGGCCAGCGGCGGCCGGGCUUUCGUCCCUGGACCCCGGGGUCCCUGCCGGCACCUCAGGUUUCAACUUUCUGUGCUGUGGGGUCCACCGUAAGAGAGCAGCAGCAUCUGGAAUCAGGAGAGCCACGGGAUCUGAGGUACCAUAUGCCUCUGUCAUGCCUGUCAAGAAAAUAGGCCACCGAGGUGUUGAUUCCUCUGGAGAGACUACAUAUAAAAAGACAACUUCAUCAGCCUUGAAAGGUGCCAUCCAGUUAGGCAUUACCCACACUGUGGGCAGCCUGAGUACCAAGCCCGAGCGAGAUGUCCUCAUGCAAGACUUCUACGUGGUGGAGAGUAUCUUCUUUCCCAGUGAAGGGAGCAACCUGACACCAGCUCAUCAUUACAAUGACUUUCGUUUCAAGACCUAUGCACCUGUUGCCUUCCGUUACUUUCGAGAGCUAUUUGGCAUCCGACCUGAUGAUUACUUGUACUCCCUUUGCAGUGAGCCAUUGAUUGAACUCUCCAACUCUGGAGCUAGUGGUUCCCUCUUCUAUGUGUCCAGUGAUGAUGAGUUCAUCAUUAAGACAGUCCAGCAUAAGGAAGCAGAAUUUCUGCAGAAGUUGCUUCCGGGAUACUACAUGAAUCUUAACCAAAACCCUCGAACUUUGCUGCCUAAAUUCUAUGGACUGUACUGUGUGCAAGCCGGCGGCAAGAACAUACGGAUUGUGGUGAUGAACAAUCUCUUACCUCGGUCGGUCAAAAUGCAUAUGAAAUAUGACCUGAAGGGUUCAACUUACAAACGGCGAGCUUCUCAGAAAGAACGAGAGAAGCUUCUCCCCACCUUUAAAGACCUGGACUUCCUACAAGAUAUCCCUGACGGUCUUUUUUUAGAUGCUGACAUGUACAGUGCUCUGUGUAAGACUCUGCAGCGUGACUGUUUGGUGCUACAGAGCUUCAAGAUAAUGGACUAUAGCCUCCUGAUGUCAAUCCACAAUAUGGAUCACGCACAGCGAGAGCCCGUGAACACUGAAACCCAGUGCGCGGUUGACACCCGCAGACCAGCCCCCCAGAAGGCUCUCUAUUCCACAGCUAUGGAGUCCAUUCAGGGCGAGGCUCGACGGGGUGGCACUGUGGAGACUGAGGACCACAUGGGUGGCAUCCCUGCCCGGAAUAACAAAGGGGAAAGGCUCCUGCUUUACAUUGGCAUCAUUGAUAUUCUACAGUCUUACAGGUUUGUUAAGAAGUUGGAGCACUCAUGGAAAGCACUGGUACAUGACGGGGACACAGUAUCAGUGCAUCGUCCAGGCUUCUAUGCUGAGCGGUUCCAGCGCUUCAUGUGCAACACAGUAUUCAAGAAGAUUCCCUUGAAGCCUUCUCCUUCCAAAAAGUUUCGGCCUGGCUCGUCUUUCUCUCGGCGAUCAGGCCCCAGCGGCAACUCCUGCAUUACUCACCAGCCGUCGGUCUCUGGGGAACACAGAGCACAAGUGACAACUAAGGCGGAAGUGGAGCCAGAUGUGCACCUUGGGCGUCCUGAUGUCUUACCUCAGACUCCACCUUUGGAGGAAAUCAGUGAGGGCUCACCUCUUCCUGGCCCCAGUUUCUCACCUGUAGUUGGAGAACCUUUGCAAAUACUAAAUUUGAGUUCAACCUUGGAAAAGCUUGAAGUUGCAGAGUCCGAGUUCACCCAUUGAGCAGUGAUCCUCGGAAGACCUGAGACAGGACUCAACUGUCGCUUUGAUCCCGAGAUGUCAGCCCUUGCCCCAGGAAUGCUGAGCCAUCUUCUCGGUCAUCAGAAGAGGAGAGAAGCAUGGAGCUAGCAGGGCUCUCCAACAUGCCUCCCUCCACUGGGCAUCAGUGCCUCUGACAGUUGGACAGCAGAGUCCCCACCACUCCAGGAUUGGGCGGCAUGAAUUAUCCCUGGGCCAGUCAUGGCUUCUGUGACUGAAUGUUUUCAAACCCCAUUCUUUGUGCUGAUGUGGGGCUGCUGGACGAGGUGAUUUUCUCUCUUCACCUUUCACCUGGAGCUGGACUCUUAACUUCCUCAGGACAGACUAGCUGGACAUCGUUCCCACACUCGCUCUUCCCUCUGGUCUUUGAGAAGACCCCAGUGAAUUUUAUUAUAAAGGUUUUCUGUGGGAGGCUAGGGAUGAGCCUACUCCCAGCCUUCUUUCUUCCUUACAAAGGAAAAGAACAAACAGACAUUCUGUGGAAGUCUAGAGUGUCAGGACGCCCUAGUGUGUGCAGCAGAAGGACUGGACUGCCCUGCCAGCAGCUGCUCUCCCUUAGGGCUGAGGGCGUAGAGAGGGCAUGGCCACCUGUCCCCUUUGUGAAGAGAGGGCAGCCAUGCCGGGAGAGUAGACCUUCUGAGCAGGGCUCUACUCACUGCCAGGUCAUACAGUUACUAUUUUGCAAUUUGGAAUGUAUUCUAAUAGUUUUUCUAAAUAUAAAGAAUUAUCAGAUGAUUUUAGACCAUUCUCCAAAGGAGAUUUCUUUGUUCUUCCCUUAUUUUCCAACAGUAUUCUGCUCUUUGUGGAGCUAUGGUGGAGGGAGACAUUUGUGUCUGUUUAACAGGCAGUCGUAUCUAUGAGGCUAGAGAAUAUUUUCUUAAACUUCUGGGGAGCUGCAGACUUCCCUCAGUAGGGUGAUUGCCGUGCCCCCUGGCCUGCCCCCCUGCUCUGUGUAGAGAAGCUGGAAGUGGGGUCUCACAAGCCCUCUCCUCUCUCCCAGGGUUGUGGUUCAUCUGGUCCUGGCCUAUGGGGCAGUACAUGGUGUUUCAGGCAGGCUGUUGAAAUCUCAUGUUGUUACUUCUCCAACCCAUCCCACCUUGAUAGCAAGUUAGUCUAUCCCCCAAGUAACUGUCUAUAUUAGACACCCCCAGCCAGUUUCUCUGGCUGCCUGUCUUUGCUGCCAUGUUCUUUUUUACAAGAAGGAAAGAAACAAUUCUUGCUAUUUUUUUCAUAAUUUACUAUUUAUGAUGUAUUUAAGUGUUUUAUUCAGGACAGAGUUCUGUAAGGGGUGGGAGGGAAUAUCUGAGGGCGGGCUGGGACUUAGGGAAUGGACAUGGGGAGUCAACAUUUUUAUGGAGUGUUACUAUUUGUCUCUACUUUGUAUUGUUGAAAAAUGACAAAUGCAAUAUAAAAAGUAAUAAAUACCUGGUUUUAAUGUAUUAAAACUCUAUCAGUUAUUUAGACCCAUUUUUAAAUAUUUUGAUUAGCCUGAUAGUGAUGGCUUUAUUACAUUUUCAUACAUGUACAUAAAAUACAUGAUCAUUCUCUUGCACUCACUGUUUGUGAAGUAAAUGUUAAACUGGUGGUCAACUUGUAAUAGUUGACUCAAGACUGGAGAGAUUUGGUGAUAAUAGUCUUAGAGGCUGGUUCUCAGUUACAGUGGAGGAGCUGGUGGAAAGAUGAGGCUAAGACCAUUGAACAGUGAAGUAGAGCUAGAGGUAUGGAAAUUUCCCAAGGUCACCUUCUUGAAGAAGGCAAUCAUGCUGAUAUACAAAGACAGUCUUUAUAUGAUGACC